CGGAAAACAGGAAGCACGAAUUGUCAAAUCAGCCGGAAAAACAGAGGAAAUGAAAGCAAAUGCAGCUGGUGGAGUGUGUUAAUUUGAAUUGAAACCCGCUUAUUAUACGAUAUACAUUUCUUCCCGGAAUGAGGAGUCGCAGCACCAGUAUACGUCAGAUAUCCAUCACCUCUGAGCCUCAUCGUACAUUCUUUCUCAAGCUUGAUUGGGCUGAAGAUCUCGGAUCUGGCUUUGUCAUUCUUCUUUCUGAUGGUGUUUCUGCAUGGAGUGGUGAAGUUUCUAAGGAGGAUGUGUCCCGGGAAGCUCAGGAGAUAGAUAUCGAGAGGGACCGGUAUGUUUGUGACCUGCACCUGGCUCUGACCGGAGAGGGACAGGUAGAGGACAGGGAGUACACCUUCCACCUGGCACCUGAGAGACCCGGCAGCCCCCUGCUGCAGCUGUCUUAUGAGAAGAUGCAGAGUGACAUCUCGUUCAGGCUUGGUGUGGUGGAGCUGCAGGCUGUGCCGGAGCCUACUGAAGUCAUAAGGGAGCUCAUUAGUCAUGGCCUGGAGCUGAGCACAUGUCUACAGGCCAAAAACCAGCACCUGCUUGAGGACAACCAGAAACUAAGAAGAGAGCAGGAGCACAUCACCACAGAAAUGGAAAAGUACAUACAAGGAAAGGAGACCCUCGAGAGGGACCUCUACAGUCGCUUUGUGCUGGUCCUAAACGAGAAGAAGGCCAAAAUUCGAGCUUUGCAGGAGAGAGUCAAAGAACUUCAGCACUCUGUUGACGAGGAUAGGCUGAGGAAGAAAGCGGGAAGUGAAGACCAAGAGGUGAUUGAAACCGCGGCAGAAAAUAGCCUACGGGAAGAGAGCGAUUACAGAGAUGAUGAACAAGAGGAAGAUGAUUCCAUAUGCCCUGAGCCAAAGCCUCUUAUACAAGAGAUGCCAGAAAGCAGCCCGAUGGACGACAGUCUGAAUGACAUCACAGAUGUGGCCCCCUGCCGCAAACGUCGCCAUCGCCAUAUGCAACAGCUGGAGAAUCAAGCCAAACGAGCAAUUCUGGACCAGCAACAGAGAUCCAGGUCAAAAAGAUGGAAGUCAAAACAAUAUUAGAGGACUCAGUGAGGCAUCUGAACUUGUGAUCCAGUAACUAAUGGUCUGAAUAGCCAUUUUAAAACACAAGAAGAGGGAGACAGCUCACAGAGAAAGAAAGAGAGAGAAAGGGAGAUGGCAAGAAGACAGAGAUGGAUUCAUUUAGCCCCUGGCUCAAAGAUUGCAGUUCUACAGUUUCGCAGCACCUGCCUAGAGAUGGAUCUGGCACAGCUUGACAACCGACAACAGUCAACCCAGUUACACUGCAUUAAUCCAGCAUUCAGCUUGUUUGCUGACGUUCGCUUUGUGUUGCUUUCGUUCAGGCAAUGUUAUAGCUAACAGCGAAUUACCCUUGCAAAAGUAUUGUAUCAAGCUCUAACAAACACUAACAGUAGUGUUUUUGGACAGUUGAAAAGACUUUGCAGUGUUGGUUAUUUUAUUUGUUUCAUCCCUGAAAAAGCGCUGUUAUGUAGCAUGUGAUCCAAACAUGCUUCAUAAAUUGUCCUGGAUUUUACAUAGUCCAAAACUACUACUAUAACCCUAAUUAAAUCAUCUAUUGUUUAACAGUGCAAUCUUAUUGGUCAAAAAUCCUGCUACCCAUAGCUGUAUAUUAAAUGUAAGCAACCUGAUCUAACAGAAUCACAUUACUGUACCUACAUUCUUGCAAAAGUCGCUCGUUGUGAGCGAGCCAAAAGUGUCAUAGAAGCAUCACAAAACGAGUUGGUUGAUUGAGCAGUUGCGUUUUUUUUAUCUCAUAUUUGCUUUUUAUGAUACUCGGUUAUGUUUAGGUUAGGGAGGUAGGUUUUGUUGAUUUAAAACUCGAUAGAGCAUUAACCUCCUUUGGGAGAAAAUAUAGUGCCACUUAGUGGACAUUCUGCCUCAACUGCUGCGUUGCGUGUAAUGUAAUGUCAUUUAGCAAAAAUGUCACUUCAGUUGUGUAAUUUUCAUGAGAUCAGGCUCAACAUAUAUAUAUUGUGUAGGGGACCUACACAAUAUUAGGGAGGUGGUUUUAAUGUUGUGGCUGAUCUGUGUGUAUAUAUAUAUAUAUAUUAUUGGUUCCCCCUAAAAUAAACUUAGAAGUAUGUGGGCUAAUGUUGUGGUUUGGACCUGUAAUCCAGACUUAUAUAGCUGUAGUCUGACAUUGGUUUUUUUAGAGAACCAUACGGCCUCAAGAGUACAGUAUAAUGUCUGACCACCCUCUCAUCCUUUCUGGCCGCAUCCUUUCUUCUUCUAACCAGAUCCAGAGUUUUUCGUCAUGCCAUCAGGAAAAGAAACAGAAACAUAAGACCUUUUUCCCCAAACCCGCAGACAAUUCCUACCCUUUUCCCACACAAUAGCAAAAUAAGUGGAUUACAAGAUGAGUGUGUCCGCAUUCAUGCUUAUAUGAAGGUACAUAAAAGCCGCUACGUAGCCGUAUUUAGCCGUCUUCUGCCACAAACCUGACUUGCAUGUACCUGGGUGAUUCUGCAAUUGAAGGUGUUUUCUGUCACCUAGGAUUAUUAUAGAAAAAAUGCAGGACAAUCUGUUUACACAACCAAUGGAAGAUGUUGGAGUUUUCUUGAAUCUGAUUGAAAACAGUAAUUAUUUCUGCAAUUCGGUUUCCUGACGCUAGUGGCGCAGAAAUUACACACUUCUUUAACAUAAAUGAAACGCAUAGUUUAAAGAAGUUUCAUUUUAACAAGGUUUCAAGUGCUCAAAACUGCCCCAUAUUAAAGAAUCACCCACCUUUGGAUUUCCUCCCAAAGGGCACUAGAAAGUAACUCUUUCUGUUCGUCAUCAAAGCUACCCUUACAGGACUGCAGAGCUUAGUUGCACCAAAAUUAUUUCCAGAUGCCGACUGCGCUGGAGAACCCCCUGAUUAGGCCACAUGUUUACACCUAUGUAAUGUGCAUAAAUGCAGAUGCACUGUUUACAUCAAUAUUGCCCAAGAUUAUGCUGAGUAAGCAUAAUUUCGCAUACGACAAUUUUAAGUUUACUACACAAAGGCUUGUUGAAAUCACUGCAGAUUGAUUUCUGAUGUUCGAGUUACUUAGUUUAAUAAAAUGUGGUUUCAGAGAGCAAAAUAAGAUUGGACAAAUCAGCUGAUUCUAUUUCAUUGUUACAUUAUUAAAAAAAUAUCAAAAUCUAAGGUCCUUUACAGUCAUCAGGGUUUACAUGGCACCAACACCAUCUAAAAGCAACUUUAAAAGUCACUUCUCUGUAACAGUGUUUGAACUAGAGUGCCAAGCUACAGUAUAAAAGUAUAACUUGAAGUAGUUCAACUACAGUCAAGCUACUCCUUUCGAAGUAAUAAGCUACACCACAAGCUACUAACGAAAAGUAGCAAAUGACGUUGAAGCUACUUAAGGGGGCAAAAUAUAUCAGAUGAAUUAAGUCAUAUUUUCUGACACAAAAACAAUGAAGAUUUAUUUAUUUUUUUUUCAGUUAAAGAAUAGGUAUACUAUUCUCUUCAGGAGUUUAGACCCAUAAAGAUGUCUUUAUAUUCCUUCAGACUGGAGUUAUACAAAUGCAGGGAUCUCCAGACCUCCUCACACACAUGCUCUUGACUUGCACAUACACUGUUUUGUUUUUACCUUCAUCUCAUGAUGUUUAGCGAUUACAUCUUCUAGCGCUUCUUCGUGACAGCGAUGGCUCAAAUGUGAGUGUUGCCACCUUGUGGACCCACUAAUUAGUGCAAAUAAAUCCAGGCGCAUGCGCAUUCUACACGUUCAAAGAUGCACGCGUUUAGUGCCCGCAUACUCUGCUAUCGACUAAAUUCGCAUCAUGCAUCCGUCCACGUCUGACCAAAGCAUAAUUUGGGCUUUAGGGUGACGGCAUCAAACUUAAACAGAAACACUAUAUACAACUAAAAAACUUGUGAAUGUUCUUAUUUAUAAAGCUGAGAUGGGAACAUAGUAACAAUGAAAUAUUUCACUAAAGAUUUAAAAUGUUGCGCAAGGACUCGAAUCUGUGAAUUGUUUUUUAAUUUGUUCAUUUACAUGAACGUACGAACGAACCGAACUUUCCAACACUACAUUUGUUAGAGAUGGCAGUUUAAGGCCAAAACACAUUCCACGCAAGUACGUGAACGCAGGCAGUUCUUGUAAUGCAAGCUUGAUUUAGUGUGAUGUUGCAUUGCAAAAUGUGUCAGACCUCAAUUUAUAGCACAACACAAGUACGCGUCGCUUUCUCAGCGUUGCCACAAGGGGCACUCUAGCGGACAUUAGUGUGAACUGUCUGCUUCUACUGUGAGUGUUCUCUUUUAAGUCACUUACUUUCAUGCGGAGCAACAGUUUGAAGAGAAUAUUGCUCUCCAAGUAAGUAAAAGUCAAUAAAUUCAUAGCAACUUACCAGAAUAAUAACACAUCCAGUUUCAUCGCACAGACUUUUGAAAGUAACUCUAUCGCCCCCCUUGAGUACUGAGGUUUGUUACCACCACAGUAACACAAGAACACAUGUUAAGCAUGUUCAACCCGACUCUGCAUUGGCAGUACAUAGGCUAAGUGCUCACAUCUGCGUAUACUUGUGUAAAGUAUGUGUCUGGCCUUAGGAGAAUGCAUUUGACUAUUCACUCAGUUCUCUCAGCUGUAAAGCUACGAGUGCAAUACAGUGUGACAUUAAAAACAACAAUGUAGUGUUUUGUCACACUGCACUGAUAUUUGUUGGAUAUAGAAGCUUGCUUCUGGAAAAGUUAUACUGCUUUAAAAACAGUUAAACUGCUGUCAAUUGCUGGAAAACAGUUAAGUUAGUCACGUCAUUGCUUGAACUUGGCUGUUCCCAACACUGCGCGGUAGAGCAUAUUUCUUAGAAACUGAUGAUAAUGAUAAUAAAUUGAUUUAUUAGAAAGAAGUGUGGCAUCUGUUUUAGAAGCCAUUUUUAAGACUUCCUCUUAAAUAUGAGCUUCGUUCUUUUACAAAUACAGCACAACUGUUGGCUCACAUCACCUACAGUUUGCUCCCUUUCUGCCUGACAGUUGUUUAAUUGUAAGUAUUUGAAUCCUGAACUGCACUUGUGGCAGGGUUAGACCUAAAAUUUGAUCCUACAGAGAUGUUGAAACUGGAUCGGUCUGAGACCAUGUGAAAGUGCUUCUAAUGUGAUAUAAAAGGUGUUUUAGAAUAGUGCAGAAUCCUAAACAUUUCUUCAUUUUAUGUCAUAACUCGUCUUUUUUCCCGAUUUAAAUUUUAAAACUAUAGGGCUGUAAAACUAUAUCAAUAGGGCUGGGUAUUGAUAAAAAUUUCAUAUAUAAAAUAUACCCAAAUGUAUCAAAAUCGAAACAAAAUAAAUUAUAGUUUCUUUCAUAUGUAAGCAAAAUGGACAUUAUAAUUGUUAUAAUGUCCAUUGUGCUUAAGAAAUUCUCUCUCAGCUAAUGGUUAGUUAAAAAUUAUUAACAAGGCCCAAACUAUUGCUAUUUAUUUAACAUAUAUAAUCAUCAACAUGACCAAAACGGAAGUAAACCUUAAAGGAAUAUUCCGGGUUCAAUAAAAGUUUAGCUCAAUCGACAGCAUUUGUUGCAUAAUGUUGAUUAACACAAAAAUUAUUUUCGACUCAUCCCUCCUUUUCCUAAAAAUUUUUUUUUAAAUUGUGGGUACGGUGAGGCACUUACAAUGGAAGUAAAUGGGGCAAUUUUUGGAGGGUUUAAAGGUGGAAAUGUGAAGCUUAUAAUUUUAUAAAAGCACUUACAUUAAUUCAUCUUUUAAAACAUGUACUGUACAUGAGCUGUAAAAUCAUCAGCCAAAUAACAAUAGACAAUGCAUCUAUUUGCACUUCCGCAGUUAAUUAAGAAUGUACUAAGACUUUAGUCAUUAAUCUUACAGUUCAUACAAAAUCUUUUUGUUUAAACAGUGGCCCCUAACAAUUACUUAGUUUAAUAAUUGUAAAUCUUGACUUAUACUACACAUAAAUAACUAAUAUUGGCAUUAUAUUCAUGUUGGUUAUCCAGAGGGGAACUGGCCCCCACAGAGAGCCUGUUUUCUCUCAAAGUUAUUUUUUUUUAAGUAAGUUAGUUUUGUGUUCCUUGCAACAGUCACCUUAAGCUUGCUCACUCGGGGUCUAAAUAUAAAUAUUAUUAUUUUCUAUUAUUUAUUUUAAGGCACAAUUUACAGUCAUGUCUUCUUUCUUUUUUUAAACUACACUAUUAUGACUUGAAGACUUUAAUAUAUUACAGGUUUUUCUGUUGAAGCAUAAUUUUCGGUAAAGCUGCUUUGAAAUUAUGUGUGUUGUGAAAAGCAUUAUGCAAAUAAAAAUAACUUGACUGUAAAGUUGUUUAAAUCAUUGUUUUUGUGGUCGUUUUAGGGUUUUAAGGUUUAUAGUGUUAAGUCGUAAUGGCUACAAAGUUGUAAAAUUGGAUAGAACGUUACACAGAAAAGGUUGGUAUUUUAUCGCUCUAAAAUCAUGUUAACAGGCAUAUUGUUUAAGUCUUGUGUCUAUACUUUUGAAACAGUGAAUAUUUUAAAGUUUACAGAUUGGCCCCAUUGACUUCCAUUGUAAGUGCCUCACUGGAACCCAGAUUUUUUCUUCUUUUUUUUUCUUCUUUUUUUUUAAGAAAAGAAAGGAC